AUGUGGAAGCAUUUCAAAUUCGAUCCAACUUCAGCUAACUUUUCAUAUCGUACUGAUGAAAAGUUCAAUGAAUUUGAUACUUUAUUACGAUGUGAAUGGGAUCGUGCUGUAACGCAAGGUCUUUUUACAUUUCAAAUUGAUCAUCAUGCUAAAUAUCGAAUACUUGAUAAGGGUAAUCUAAAUUAUGUCAUUCAAUUGAAUCCCAGUCGUUAUGAAAAACGUCGAACUCCGUAUCCAUUCGAAAAUGUGAAUACACCAUUUGAUAAGAAUAAAUUUAAUUUUAAUAAAAUCAAAAAUGAUGAAAUUCUUUUCUCUUUAGAUAAUGAACAAGAUAAAGAUAAAUAUUUAAUAAUAAUUAAUAAUUCACCUAUUCGUCCGUAUCAUGUUUUACUCGUACCUAAUCGUGAACUUGAACAACCACAAAUUCUUACUAUUGAUUGCAUUUUAUUUGGACUUCAAUUUGUUGUAUCAAGUGCUCAUCCAUAUAUUUUAGUUGGUUUUAAUUCACUCUGUGGUUAUGCAUCAAUGAAUCAUGCAUCACUUCGCGUAAGUACAGUAGAUUAG